GUCCCAACUUGUAAAUCGUCAAGAUAACAUAAUAUCAUUGAAGAUUCGUCUUACAUCAUGCAUCAUCACGAUGGCAUCGUCUUCGUUACUUGAAGGGUGGGCGUUACCGGACAUGGUGUGGCUGAACUCAAUUCAAAUUCAAAAAUAUUUUGAUUUGACCGCUUCUGAAAAUUUUCACUAACUGUCGAUAUGACGCACCAAUCAUCUUGCGACAAUUUAACCUUCAAGUGCUCGCAACCUCCGCCAGUGAACGGUACCCCUGAAGCGUUUCCUGAGAGCGUUGUGAUGUAAUAGACUUACUUAAGCGAUUUCCCAAGAAUUUAGGACAAACAUCUGAAACCUAAUAAUAAUUGACUGACGAGCUGUUACGUGAAACCUACCGUUACAUCGUUAAUAUAUCAAAACUCGUUCUUUCUCGUAAUUCGGCUACUUCGUGUUCAUUGAGUCAUCGUUCGUGUAUACGUAAUAGACUGCUGAAUCACCAAACGUACUUCAGUCUUUCCCCACAGUUUACUGAAAACAACUUACUUCUAACUCAGAUGGUCACUGUGGACUUUUUAAGUACAUUCUCUCGGCUUCCUAAACUUAUCGUGUUUGAUCUCGACUUCACUCUAUGGCCUCUGUGGUGCGACACUCACGUUUAUCCUCCAUUCAUACGAAAAAAUAACACUGUAUACGAUGCUAGUGAGAGACGAGUUGAUGUCUACUCAGAUGCGCAAGUAAUAUUGAGGAUGAUCAAAGAGUCUCCGAAAAUUAAAUUGGGAUGUGCUUCGCGUACUUCUGCUGUCAAUGUUGCUCGACAACUUCUACAAGCUCUUAAUUGGUCGGAUUUAUUUGAUUACACAGAAAUCUACCCUGGGUCUAAAACUGCUCACUUUAAGAGAUUUCAUGAAUUAUCUGGUAUAGACUAUGCGGACAUGUUAUUUUUCGAUGAUGAAACUCGUAAUAUUCAUGAAAUUUCCAAAUUAGGUGUACAAUGUCAUUUAGUUCAACAUGGAAUAACAUUAAAUCUCUUAGAAGAUGCAUUAAGAAAAUUUCAACAACAAAGAAGAAUUCAUGAAUAUUUAAAUUAACUAAGUUUUUUGAUUGUAGUUAUUCCGUAAAUGCAAAAUUAUUAUUUUUUUUAAAGAAUAAAUUGUUUUGUUGCUGUGUUUUGAAGAAGUACAUUAUAUUUUUGUAACGAACCUGCUAUAGAGUGGUAUAUUACUCUUAAAAAUCAUUCAUUUAGGAAAAAAAAUAUUAGCAGAAAGAAUCUUUUUAUUCAAAGAAGUUUCACUUUGAUGAAGAGUACUAGAAGGACAGAGCUACGAUAGUAUUAGUGUAGGUUUGUAUUUUGAACCAUAUCCGAUAACAUCUUAAGCCGAUGAAGUUCGACUAUAUCUCGGAAUUUAGCAAGGAAGUUGUAAUAGACCUAAACAUUUUUCUUCCAUACCUCUGUGCCAUGCAAUAAACUAUCUUUCUGAUUUUUUCUAACCGACAUCAACGUUUGCAAUAAUGGUCGACAUGAAAGUUGCUGAGGUGACAUUUGUAGUACAUCUUCAAGGCAGUCCGCACAAGAUGCACGUAUGUCACAUUGCAAGUGGAAAUAAGUGAAUUAAAUUCAUUUUGUUCAUCGACCAUCCUUACUACUUGGGCAAGAAAGUUGCAAACAUUUACUCCAAAAUUUAUAUACCCAACUCAAUUAGAAGUGCCGCAUUUACAAUCACUUUGUUAUCACGAAUAUAUAUGGUCGACGAAGUAGAAUUAAUUUUUUGGAAGCACAGCUGAAUACCAGUUCGGAAGGAAAUAGUUUUUAAUAAUUUGUAAUUUUACAUAUUCAUAAAUAGUUCACUGACGAAUUCAUCCUAAUCAAUGGUAGAUUUAAUGCUUUUUUGUAUUCGGCUUCCGUUGAAAUACCUGACUAGUCGAAUAUUCUGUCAAAUAUUUAAAUAAUUAAAUUAUUUCGAGGUUUUCUGAAUUUCUGGUAACUUUGUUGAAAAUAUGAUUUUAUCUUUUAGCUACUGACAAAUUAUAAGUAGUUAUAAACGUUUAAGCUUCAUUUUAUAUGGGUCAAUCAUUUUUUAUGCUGAAAAAUACAAUUAAGUUAAACAAAUAAACUAAUCAACACUUUGUAAAAUAUUAUUGCUAAUAAUAAUUUGCGAAUUAUUUAUCUUAUUCGUAGCAGAGAGUCAUUACUAUACCCUUAAGACGUAGAGUGUUGAUGAUAUCACGAAGAUAGAAAUCCAUCGAAAACGAGAAGUGUUCUUAACACCAAUAACAUUUAAUAAACCCCAUUAAUCUCUUAUACUGUUGGUUAUCAUAUUUUUACUAAUGAACAAUCGCAGAAGUUAGUUCUGGAAUUCUAAUGAGAAGCCAUGAUCAGUGAAAUUGACAUGUAUCGGGUGUACGGCAGUUAUUCACAGAUGACAUUAGGAAAUGAUCGAACAACAUCGUGAAAUUAACUCAGUUAACAUCGUGCAAUAUUUGAUUCCGACUCGAUAAACUAGAUGUUAAAGGUUCUUGAGUAAUACCACAAGUUAUGGGUUUGACCCUUGGUGAGAUUUUGUAUGUGCACUGGUCAAGUCAGAAAGGAAGAAUUGAACACACUUAAAGGUAUUAUAUUUAACAAUUUGGAUUAAGC